AUGUCGCAAAAAACGGACAUGGAUUCAUCACCUGUUGUUGAAGAUCAACCAGGCGCGUCGGAUCUGGACCUCACCUGGGACUCAGAUCAAGAUUAUGAUGAAUGUGUAUACUGUCAUGAAGGAAAUGAUCUAUGUCGACGGUCCGAUGGUGGUACUGCCAGAAGUGCCCGUGACGAGAAAGAUGUGAAGACCGAGUACAUUCAGCUAUGUGGAUCUGAUAAUCAGACCCCAGAAGAGAUUGAUCGACUUCGCCAAAGAGUCUGGAAGUUCCGACACCUCUUGAUUGGCAAAGGCAAUGCCCUCCCGCCGGCUACCAGAGGUGUUGUGUGCGACAUCGAUGUCGGAGGAGCAAGCCCUAUCACCAUGAAGUGUCGUAAGUUGCCGAUCCAGCUCAGGGAGAAGCUAACGGAUCUAAUCAAGGGUUUAUUGUCUGUUAAAAUGAUCAAUUACUCUAGAUCACCGUGGGCUUCCCCGAUCGUAGUUAUCAUAAAGAAGAAUGGAGUGGAUAUCCGGCUCUUUAUUGAUUAUCGGUUGUUUAGCAGUCUGCCUCAGCUGAUGAUCUACUCAAUGCCCUUGAUCAACGACUUACUGGAAGAUCUAGAGUCGACAUUUUUGUACUGUUCUUUGGAUAUGGAGAGUGGAUUUUGGGUGGUGAAAAUGACGGAUCGUGCUCGUUUGAUCUCCUCUUUUAUCACUCCUUUUGGACUAUUUGAAUGGAAUCGAAUGUCCUUCGGCUUGAAGAAUACACCCCAGAUCUAUCAACGUAUGCUCGACAACGCACUAUAUGGAUUCACCCGGAUCCCGAAGUCUGAAGAUCAUGGAAAACGGGGAAUCGGUAAAUCCGGGCAAACCAUCAGUGAUUUGACAUCAUACAUCGGCGCAAUCCUGAUCUCAGCCAAUAACUGGGAUCAACCGUGUGAUCGAGUUGAAGGUUUACUCGAGGCGUGUGAUAAGUGGAAUCUAUUGAUCAGUGUCGUUAAGAGUUUUUGGGGAAUGCCUAAGGUGGAAUAUCUCGGCCAUAAGGUCUUCCACAAUGGACUGGAGACGAAUCCGAAAGGGGUGCCUACGUUGACUGAUCCAGCAUUUUCAGGGUCACUCAGAGCCAUGCCGUCAAUGUUGGGACGUUUAAACUAUUACAGCCGAUUCAUUGAAGACUAUGCGAUCUAUGCGUCGGUUUUGUAUGAGUGA